AUGAGGGCGAGAAGCCACUUCUGGGGGCGGAUCUGGUAACGGAAAGGGGCGGGGUGCCUUUCCGAGCUUGGACCUCGUGCCCCAGGCUGCGUAGGUGGACGGCGGAUCCUGACGCGAGCGCAGGCGGUGCGGGAGAUGGCUGAUUCUGAUCCUGGAGAAAGAAACUAUGACAACAUGCUGAAAAUGCUGUCAGACCUGAAUAAAGACUUGGAAAAGCUACUAGAAGAGAUGGAGAAAAUCUCAGUGCAAGCCACAUGGAUGGCCUACGACAUGGUGGUGAUGCGCACCGACCCCACACUGGCGGAGUCCAUGCGCCGGCUGGAGGAUGCCUUCCUCAACUGCAAGGAGGAGAUGGAGAAGAACUGGCAAGAGCUGCUCACUGAGACCAAGCACAAGCAGUAGGCCCCCCGCCCACCCGUGGCCACCAUGCUUCUGCCUGCCAGUGUGGAGAAGCCCCGGGGACACAGGGCCCUCUCUGCUUGGCAGAGUAACAGCAACCGUAACACAUAGCUGUAUGAACUGUACUUGUUUUUCAAUAAACUUAUUUUUAAGAACAA